AUGGCGACCAGCCCGCUGCCCGGCCCCACCGAUAUCCUGCUGCCGUCGCCGUCCAGCGCGUACCCGCCGGACCCCAUGAGCCAGCCGAGGGCCGGCCACGCCGCCAUGAAGCCCAACCAGGUGGGGCAGGUGAUCCUCUACGGCAUCCCCAUCGUCUCGCUGGUCAUCGACGGGCAGGAGCGGCUGUGCCUGGCGCAGAUCUCCAACACCCUCCUCAAAAACUUCAGCUACAACGAGAUCCACAACCGGCGGGUGGCCCUGGGCAUCACCUGCGUGCAGUGCACGCCGGUGCAGCUGGAGAUCCUGCGGCGGGCCGGGGCCAUGCCCAUCUCCUCCCGCCGCUGCGGCAUGAUCACCAAGAGGGAGGCCGAACGGCUCUGCAAAUCCUUCCUGGGAGAGAACCGGCCCCCCAAACUGCCGGAUAACUUCGCCUUCGACGUGUCCCACGAGUGCGCCUGGGGAUGCCGCGGGAGCUUCAUCCCUGCCCGCUACAACAGCUCCCGGGCCAAGUGCAUCAAGUGCAGCUACUGCAGCAUGUACUUCUCGCCCAACAAGUUCAUCUUCCACUCCCACCGCACCCCCGACGCCAAGUACACCCAGCCCGACGCCGCCAACUUCAACUCCUGGCGCCGCCACCUGAAGCUGACCGACAAGAGCCCCCAGGAUGAGCUGGUCUUCGCCUGGGAGGAUGUCAAGGCCAUGUUCAACGGCGGCAGCCGCAAGCGCGCCCUGCCGCCCGCCCCGCCGGCCCCCGCCGCCGCCGCGCCCGCCGCCUGCCACCCGCUGGGCUCGGUGAAGGCGGCGGCGGUGGUGGGCGGCGGGCUGCUGAGCCCGCACCUCCUGGCCGCGCCGCCCGACCUGCACCAGAAGCGGCCGCGCUUCGAGGAGGACGAGGAGCUGCAGGAGGCGGUGGCGGCGGCGCACGGCGGCAAGAGCCCGCGGAGCUACCCCGUCAUCCCGGUGCCCAGCAAGGGCUCCUUCGGCGGCAUGCUCCAGAAGUUCCCCGGUUGCGGCGGGCUCUUCCCGCACCCCUACGGCUUCCCAGCCGCUGCCUUCGGGCUCUGCCACAAGAAGGAGGAGGGCGGCGGCGGCGAUGCCCUCGGCGGGGCGGCCGCGCACAAGGCCGGCGGGGCGGCGGCGGCGGGCGGCGGGCUCUCGGGGCUCUUCUGGCCGGGCAGGAAGGACGCCGCCUUCUACCCUCCCUUCUGCAUGUUCUGGCCGCCGCGCACCCCGGGCGGGCUGCCGGUGCCCACCUACCUGCAGCCGCCGCCGCAGCCGCCCGGCGCCCUGGGAUGCUCGCUGGGGGGGGACGGGGCGGGCCUGCUGCGCCAGGCUUUCCUGGACCUGUCGGAGCCCGGCGGCGAGGCGGGGCCGGCGGGGCUGGGCACGGGGCCGGCGGGGCUGGGGACGCCGCCCGCCGCCGCCCCCCCGUCCGCGCCCGCCGCCGCCGCCGCCGCCGCCGCCCGGGACCCGCUGUUCGAGUCGCCCCCCGGCGGCGGCGCCGAGCCCGCCUCGCCCGCCGCUUCCGACGGGGGCAGCGGCGGCGGGGGCGGGCGGGUCCCUCCGCACCACCCGCACCUGCUGGAGGCGGCGGGCGGGCGCAAGGCGGGCGGCGGGUACCACCACUCCAGCGCCUUCCGCCCGGUGGGCGGCAAGGAGGACUCGGAGAGCCUGGCCAAGCUGCACGGAGGCGGCGGCGGCGGCCCCCCGCGCUCCGCAUCGCCGCUGCAGCUGCUGCUGCCGCCGCCGCCGCCGCCGCCCCCCGAGGAUGCGGGCUGCGAGAGGCACCCGCAUCCUCCGCACGCCGCGCACCGCCUGCUCUCCCCCGGAGGCACCAGCUGCAGCUUCGCCAGCGAAGAGAGCAGCGAGGAGGAGGAGGACGAGGAGGAGGAAGACGAGCCCGAGGUGGACGUCGAGGGGCACAAGCCCCCCGAGGAGGAGGAAGAGGAUGAGGAGGAGGAGGGCGAGGAAGAGCCCCGCGGCGGAGACCCCUUGGCGGCCGGCGGCCGCUUUCCACCCGCCCGGGGUCUGCCGGAGAAGGGCGGCCGGGAGCGCCCCGUCGCCGGCCCCUUCCCCCGUGCGGCCGUCGAGGAGAAGCCGGGGGAUAGUGCAACCCCAGCGCUGCCUGCCGGGGCCCCGCGGGCGGGCAGCGGCGGCAGCAGCCCGGCACAGCACCCGGCGCCCGAGGAGCAGCCCCUCUACAAAGAUAAUCAGAAGAGCAAGGAGGGUAAUCAGGUCAUCUUGCCUACGAAGGAGGACACCUUCUCAGAUAAGAACAAGGAGCAUAAUUUUUUCAUCACAGAUUCAGAGCCUUCAGGAGGAGACUUCUGGAGAGAUAUAGCAGGAGAACACACACAAGAAACCAAUUCACCUCAUUCUCUGAAGAAGGAUGUGGAAAAUAUGGGGAAAGAGGAACUCCAGAAGGUUCUGUUUGAGCAGAUCGACCUGCGGAGGAGGCUGGAACAGGAAUUCCAGGUGUUGAAAGGAAACGCGUCUUUCCCAGUCUUCAACAAUUUUCAAGAUCAGAUGAAGCGGGAGCUGGCGUACAGAGAAGAAAUGGUGCAGCAGCUACAAAUUAUUCCCUAUGCAGCAAGCUUGAUCAGGAAAGAAAAGCUCGGUGCACACCUCAGCAAAAGCUAA